AUGACCAGCCAGUCUCAAGGGAUUCACCAGCUUCUUCAGGCAGAAAAAAGAGCCAAAGACAAGCUAGAAGAAGCCAAAAAGAGAAAAGUGAAGCGCCUGAAGCAAGCUAAGGAAGAAGCCAUGGCAGAAAUUGAUCAGUAUAGACUGCAGAAAGAUAAGGAAUUUAGACUGAAACAGUCAAAGAUAAUGGGCUCUCAGAGCAAUCUCUCAGAAGAAAUAGAGGAGCAAACACGAGGGAAGAUCAAGGAAUUGAAUGGAAACUAUAGCCAGUACAUGGAAGAUGUGAUGAAACAGAUUUUGAGCAUUGUCUGUGAUGUGAAACCAGAGGUUCACUUGAAUUACAGAGCUGCUGACUAA